AUGUUGUUGCGUAAAAUUGGAUUGGGCUACGAGUUAAUUCAUGUCUGUGAGCAUGAUGGCGCACUGUUUUCGAAAAAGCAUAUUGGAAAAAGUAAAUGUCCUGUUUGUGGAGAGGAUCGAGAUAUUUUACCAAUCAUACAUGCUAUUAGAAGAGACAAUAAGACAUAUGGUGCUAUUGUAAAAAGACCACCACCAGAGUCAUUAACCAUGCGUACGCAAUAUGGAUCGGAGCACAUGCCUAGAAUCUUGAGAGGAAUUGAUACAUCAUGUGCCAAAAAGUAUUUUGAUUGGAAGCACGAUAUUAAGGAAUAUUUACAGAAUAAUGGGCUAGGAAAUCGUUAUUGUGGUUGUACAGAUACGCAGUGGAAAAAAGCCAUUGAGUUUUUCCAACGCCCAUAUGUGAUGCCAAUUUCCACUUCUCUUCCCUCCAAUGCGCGACAGGAAGGCAGCGCCACCAUCACGCUCAGCCACAGGAAGGCAGUGCCGCCACCAUCUUCACGGGAAGUCGUAACCCUCCGACAGCUCGAGCUAACCCGAAAAGUGGUCCAAAACGUUCACCUAUCCGGUGGAAGCUUGUUAGGAGUUUCACGUGGAGGACCAGGCAUAAGUGAAAUCGUGGACAGCAUGGAGGAAAGAGGAAUCAACAUGCUUUUUGUGCUGGGUGGGAACGGAACUCAUGCUGGGGCAAAUGUAAUUCACAAAGAGUGCUGUAGAAGAGGGGUAAAGGUGGCUGUUGUUGGGGUCCCCAAAACUAUAGACAAUGAUAUUUUGCUAAUGGACAAAACUUUUGGGUUUGACACUGCUGUUGAGGAAGCACAACUAGCCAUUAAUUCAGCUUACAUCGAGGCACAUAGUGCAUACCAUGGUAUAGGAAUUGUAAAGUUGAUGGGUCGUAGCAGUGGAUUUAUUGCUAUGCAUGCAUCCCUGGCUAGUGGACAAAUCGAUAUAUCCUUGAUACCAGAGGCACCUUUCCAUUUACAUGGUCCUCAUGGUGUUUUGCGGCAUCUGAAAUACCUCAUUGAGACAAAAGGAUCAGCAGUGGUCUGUGUUGCUGAGGGAGCAGGGCAGAAACUGUGAAGCUAUAUGAAACAGUUGGAAUGGGAAAUGGAGAGAACGAGCCAAAGCAAGAGUGAGAGUUGGAGAAUGUUAUAGUAGACAAUACUCUCCAAGUUUCUUGUUAUAGUAACUUUUCAAUAUGUUGAAUAUUUAAGAAUACUUGAAUACUUAAAGAACAUUUUGUUGUUGAUGACAAUGUUGAAUAUUUUAAACUAAUUUGUGGAUUGUUAAUACAAUGUUGAAUGUUUUUACUUUUUGUUAUUUGAAAA